UUCUGAUCUCUGCAGUGGGGAACACGGACUGAGGUCCCUAAUCAUCUUCGGAGGAAACAGGAGCGCCCUGGGGUUUUGUUGGAAGGGCAAGGGCCAGAUUGCUGAUUUCUGCCCUCCGGGGUUCGGGAUUUGCCUUGGUCUUUCUCAGGCACGAGAGAGAUUGCGAUUGUGGCAGACCUGAGGGAGAGAAGUUUGGGCUGCAGAGUGGGUUUAGAGUCACAGACAGGAGGGUAGGAGAAGAAUAAGGGGAAAUGGGGAUUUUGAAGAAGUGGGAAGAGAGGGGGGGGGCGCACAGCCAGGUCUUGCCCACCCUUCGCUCCCAGGAGCUACGGGGUGAGUGGAGAGGGAUUUGGGGAAGGGAGCAAAGAGAAGGGGGCCCCAAGGGCAGGGGUUCCAGUCGCCAAUCCCUUCCCCAGCUCUGGCUCCGCCUCCCGACCCCGCCUCUCCGGUCCGGCUCCCGGGCCUGCGCGGGCGCGGCCUUGUCGCCUUCGGACCCCGGCCGUCCGGCCGCCCCGGGGUCCAACAGAAUGUACCAAGUUCCACUGCCUCUGGAGCGGGAUGGAACCCUGGUCCGGCUGCGCUUCCCUGUUGUGGCUGUGGCUACUGUCUCCUGCCCCCUCUUGGCCUUUCUCUUCUGCGUCAUCUGGUCCCUGUUCUUCCACUUCACGGAGACCACAUCCACCCACUGUGGGGUAGGCCCCCUCAGGAUGCUCCCCACGGCCUCCCAGCCCCUGGACCCUGAAGGGACUGUGUUUCGAAUGCGCUUCACUUCCCUGGCCUAUUGGGUCAUCAGCUUCCCUGUCUUCGGCUUCUUCUUCUGCAUCCUCUGGUCCCUCUUCUUCCACUUUGAAUACACAGUGGCUACUGAUUGUGGGGUGCCCAAUUACCUCCCGUCGGUGAGCUCAGCUAUUGGUGGGGAAGUGCCCCAGCGGUACGUCUGGCGUUUCUGCAUCGGCCUGCACUCUGCCCCCCGCUUCCUGGUGGCCUUUGUCUACUGGAACAACUACCGGAGCUACCCUUCACCCUGCUUUGGCUAUGAGCAGCUCUGCCUCCUCAACUUGGGCCUCAACCUCAUGGAAAAUGUGGCCCUGCUUCUACUCACCUAUGUCUCCUCCUCAGAGGACUUCACCAUCCAUGAGAAUGCCUUCAUCGUGUUCAUCGCAGCAGCUCUGGGCCACAUGCUGCUAACGUGUAUUUUGUGGCGUCUGACGAAGAAACACACAGUAAGUUUUGAGGAACGGAAGUCCUACAGCUGGAAACAACGACUUUUUAUUGUCAACUUUGUCUCUUUCUUUAUGGCCCUAGCAGUCUACUUUCGACACAACAUGUACUGUGAGCCAGGAGUGUACACCAUCUUUGCGGUCCUUGAAUACACCGUGGUUCUGACUAACAUGGCCUUCCACAUGACUGCCUGUUGGGACUUCGGGAACAAAGAGAUGCUUAUUACCUCUCCAACAGAAGAUAAAAGAUUCUGAGCCCCACCUUCCUGCUAAGAAGGCCAGGCUGGGCAUGUUGAAGAGGGGACAGAGAAUGCACUUCUUCCCCUAUCCUCCAGAUUUACUCACUCCAAAAACUGAUGGAGAAAAUAUAGAACUCUAGCCCCUA